UAAGUAAAUAAAAUUCCCAAAUCUGAAAUCUGCAACCACACAAGAUGGAAAACACAAAUAAAUUGCCAAGAAGAAUCUGGAGUGCUGACGAAACCAAGACUGCAGUGGACAACAACAAAAGGACUGGAGAGUCCUUGGUCAAAGCUCCUUUUGAGGACCAAACGGCUGAAAUAUUUGGUUCCUAUCCCAUAAUUAAAAACACGCAUGCAAUAAAUUUGGGUGGCAAACAAAUAGAAGGGCUGCCGGAUGCAAUUUGUGGUUUACAAAAAGAAUCCAGCAAAACUCCAAAAGCGCCAACUUCAUCUACAAAACUGAUUGAAAGUAAAACAGUUAGUGUUUCGCAGCCAGAAACAAGUAUAUCUCUAAGCCCGGAAGCGUCCUCUUCUUCAUCCAUCGGCAUCGGUACAACCUCCACCUCCCCAAAGAAACAAGGGAUGCUAAACAAAAAAAAAUAUUAUGAGAUGAGGGAAAAAAUGGCUGCGGAAAUGAACGAAAUUUUGAGGGAUUAUGCGGCAAAAAGAUUAAAAAAAAUGGAUGAAGCAGAAGAACGAAAAGAAGCUCGUCUAGCCAGGAAAGAAAAGUUGCUAAGAGAAUUAUUUAAUAAACCAUAAAUUUCAUAAGCAUGUCAUGGUUUAUUAAAUAAUUCUCCUAGCAACUUUUCUUCUUUUUUUAAGUAUAGUUUUUGAAUUAAUUUGUUUAUUUUUUUGAAUUACUUUUGAUUUGUAUUUUGUGUUGAAUGAGAAA